AGACCAAAACCCUUCCCCUCAAAUCUUACUCUCCUUACAGUUGAGAGGCUUCAUUCAUUGUUCCUCUAUCAAACCUGAAUGGGAAAUGUUGUGGAAUUGAAGGUGGGCUUGCACUGUGAGGAAUGCAUCAAGAAAAUCCUCAAGGCCAUCAAGAAAAUCGAAGAUAUCGAAACCUAUGAUGUGGAUACACAGCUGAACAAGGUGAUCGUGACCGGAAAUGUCACCACAGAACAAGUCAUCAGGGCUCUUCAGAAGAUCAAGAAGACAGCAAUCCCUUGGGACCAACAAGAUGAAGCAACUUCUCAAGCCAUUUAGUUUCAUAUCUAAUCUAAGUCUGGUGCUGAUCCUAGCACUUCUUAAGCCAUUUAGUUCCAAUUUUGUAUUAACUCAAUUCCUAGCAUGAAUUGCAAUAAAAAGCUGCUGCUAGCUUUCGCUCAUCGAUUCAUAUGUAGUCGAAAAUUAG